CAGAGGGGGAUACUGAGGAGGAGGAAGGGUACGGCGAUGACUGGGGAGAGGUGCAGGUGCGACACAGCGGGAAUUUCAGCAACGGUAACCCCUUCGUGACGCAGGCGAUGGGCGGGAUAAACUACCAGAUCGAGCACCACCUGUUCCCCUCCAUGUCUCACAUGCUGUACGCAGAGAUAGCCCCGAUCGUCAAGGAUGCCUGCGAGGAAUUCAACAUCCCGUACAACGCUCACCCGACCCUGUGGUCGGCCUACGCGUCGUACCUGAAGCACCUCGUGGUCUGCAGCGAGAUGAGUUGAGGGUUUGCGGGGGGGGACAUGCGAAGACCCACGGUGCGCCUUUCACGGAAGGUGUCGAACGACAAUGUUGUUUGCGGUGGAAGGAAGGGACUAGGGGGGUGACGCGAGAUGGUGCAGAGGGUUGACUAUUGGCUCGAGCCCGCCGCCAGGUCAAGGCGUGCAGCAGUGAUUCGGGCUUCCUCGAAGUCACCGUCUUGGCACUCCCCUAUUUUUUUGUGUGAGAGACCAGGAUUUGCCGAAGGUUUUGUAAAGGUUUUAUCGUUUGAUGGAAAUCCCAGAUCUUGGUCUAGUUGUACCACCGUUCCGCAUGGCACGGUUGCAGCCAGGUUGGGCGUACUGGCGCCCGCGUUCGCAAGCAGUCCGACAUGACAUGGCAUGCUGGCUUGGUCGAACGGGAGGCCCUGUCUGCUCUGCCCUAUCUCUCCCCGUAUUUUAGUCGACAGGAUAUGCAGCAUUGGUUUUUUUACUGCGAAGGCAGGCGGGCGAGGGACUAGUCCCCGAAGCGAAAGAAAUACUCAUGAUCGUUUCUUUGCCUUGCUGUGUUGUUGCCCUCCGCAAAAUCGCUUUGACAGAAGAUUGUCACGCCGCAACAAGGGUGCGUCAAUCGUGCAUUUUGUGCACGCCCCAGUUGAAACAUUGCUCGCGGCUCGACUUGCCCCCCCCCCGCCCCCCGUAAGGGACAUGGACCCUCGGCGGUACCGCGUGUUUAUACAUGUCACGUUCUAUUCGAGAUCUUCCUCUAGCUUUUAUUCGCCUCGAAGGUCUACUGACAGCGUUCGUGUUCAUGUGCUAUUUAACUUACAUAUUUGGCAUGUUCGAGUUGUUACUCUGUGUGCGCUGCGGUGUGUUAUAGACCCACGCGUGGCGAGCACAAGGUAACCAGUUAGCUUACGAGCGCGGGUAUUUUUGGUACUUUUACGGGAAACGGUACAGUAGGCGAUUCAAGUCUCGGCCUUUGCCAACGUCUUUGUCUCUCUGGCUUGGAACGCUUUUCCUCCACUGUUGCAAAGCAGUCGAGUGAGGGAUGCGGGGGUCCGAUGUGAAGUCCGUCGUGUCUUGGCUUGGUUAGGGGGGGGGGGGGGGGGGUUCACCUAGUAUGAGACGGUGCGAAAGAUGGUCUGGAUGGUCACAUCAUUUUUUCUUGGAAGCAUGGACGUUG